ACUCCCUGAUGCCGAGGCCGGGCUUUCCUGCCCCUGCCCUCCCUGAGUCAGCAGCCUGUGGCUCAACCAGUUCAGGACCCUUUGCUGCCUUCCCUCACAUUUCUGCUUCCUGGACCGAAUGUGUAAUGCUGAGCCAGCUGUGACCGAGAUGAGCGCCUUUGAUUUGGUGUUUCGUCAUCUUGCCCCUCUGCAGAUAACUAAUGUGCAUUCAUCACUCAGGUUCCGGUGUGCGAGAGACUUUGGCUACGAUGUCUCUUAUCCCCAAAGAACUAUUCUGCUUGUCUCUCGGAGGAGCUGCCAUGGGACCAGUGAGACAUCAGAUACUUGGGAACAAGCGGUGGCACUCAGGGUGCUGCCACUCAGCCUGUGUCACACUCCCUGCCCUCUAGGAUAGACAGAGGAUGAGAGGGCAGCAGGGCUAAUUUGCUGAUUAGCAGUGGGAUGGUGAGUGUCUGAGUGGGGUAAUUGGAGGGGCUGAGAGAGCAGGUCGGGGCUGCUGAGGCAACAGCAUCAGCAAAACAUCCCCGUGGCAUGCAGGGAGGAGUUUGGAGUUUGGCUGCUGAGGUCCACGUGCCCCCCUCACGGACAGCUCCUCCCCAUGCACACCAGCCCCCAUAAAAGUGCUGCCCUAGGUGAGUGCUGGCAUUCAGCGCUCUUGCCUGGCUCAGCUUGCAAAUACGGUGAGUGGCUGGGCAUCCUCUGGCAGGGGCUGGAGUGGGCUUCCCAGUCAGUAGAGCGGGGGAUUGAGGGCUGACUAUGGCUGGGCAGCAAUGGCAGAGUCUCCAGCCCUGCUGAGUGCAGGGAAGCCCAUGAUAAGAGGAUCUGCUCUGCCAGGACAGCUUUUCACUCACAACUUCAACCUUUUGUAGCUUUGCUUUGCAGGGAAAUCUCUCUCACACCAAGAUGUCUUGCUACGACCUGUGCCCACCAAAAACCAGCGUUGCCGUGCCCCAGCCCAUCGCUGAGAGCUGCAACGAGCUGUGCGCGCGCCAGUGCCCCGACUCAGCGGCCGUCAUCCAGCCACCGCCCGUCGUCGUCACCUUCCCCGGCCCCAUCCUCAGCUCCUUCCCCCAGCAAGCUGUAGUGGGCUCCUCCAGAGCACCCGCCUUUGGGGGCUCCCUGGGGCUGGGGGGCCUCUACGGCGCCGGGGCCACUCAGGGCUCGGGGGGCCUCUGCACCUUUGGCAGACCCUACGCUUCUCCUGCCUGCAGCCCCUGCCCCUUGCCCCUCUACAGCAGGAAGUUCUGGAACACCUGUGGGCCCUGCUAAACCCAGCCGCAAGACUCCUCUCCUCUUCCUUCCUCAUUCUCUUUGCUGAUUUGUAAUACCCACUUUGUCUUUUAUGGCCCUGAACUGGGCCCUGUGCUGGCCACUGCCUUGAAGAUGCCUCAAGAAAGUUUUUCCUGAAGAUCCAGCCUCCUCAUUCCUGCCUUGAAAUGUAGUACAUCUUUGAUGUUGUGUCCUUUCCUGUCUUU